AUUUGGACCUCAACGGAACUAUAUAGUUUAGCUAGUUUUCGUUGCAGGUUUGUUUUGUAUAUCACUCAUAGGAAUAGCACUCUUAUCCAUACAUUAGUCAUAUUAGCCAGACUCAGCUCCAUCAUUUUGCAUACCCGUUAAUCUACUUUCAUAAUGGACGGUUCCAGUUACGAAGACAAGCAGUCCCAGACUGGAGAAAACUCCCACUUAGCCUCUACGGCUGUCUCCAGUUCACCUUACGAACAAAGUCAGGAGCAAACCACUACCCAAGCCAGAUGGCACUCUUUUGUAGACUCCUUCAAGCCAGCUAUAGAAACCGAGGUAUUGUCGAAGAAUAAGCGCUACAAUGAUAAUGAAGACGAAGAAGCUGACAUCUCGGAUAUCCAGAGAAUCAACAUCAACACCUCCAAAUCUCAUUUGAAGAGAAAGUUGAAGAACAGACACUUGCAAAUGAUUGCAAUUGCUUCUGCUAUUGGCCUGGGUUUGCUCAUUGGUACUGGUUCCGCCUUGAGCACUGGUGGACCUGCUGGUAUCUUGAUUGCCUGGGCAUUGACCGGUGCCUCUAUUCUCUGCACUAUCCAAGCCAUGGCCGAAUUGGCUGUGACUUUCCCUAUCAGUGGCUCAUUCAACGUCUAUGCCAGCAGAUUCAUCGACCCCAGUGUAGGCUUCUCUGUCGCCUGGAACUACUUCUUCCAGUUCUUAGUAUUGCUUCCUUUGGAAUUGGUUGCUGGUUCCAUCACCAUGAAUUACUGGAACACCUCCAUCAAUCCUGACGUAUGGGUUCUUAUCUUCUACAUUGUCGUAUCUUCAAUCAACUUUUUUGGUGUCAGAGCCUACGGUGAAGCUGAAUUUGUGUUUUCUACCUUGAAAGUUCUAGCCGUUAUUGGCUUUAUAAUUGUGUCUAUCGUCUUGGCUGCUGGAGGUGGUCCGAAUGGCCAGUAUCAUGGCUCUCUUUACUGGCACAACCCAGGUCCAUUUGCCAAUGGUUUCAAGGGUGUAGUCAGUGUCUUCAUCACUGCUGCUUUCAGUUUUGGUGGAACAGAGUUGGUGGGUCUUACUGCUGCUGAAGCAGACCAGCCUAGAAAAUCUCUUCCAAAGGCUACCAAGCAGGUCUUCUGGAGAAUCCUAAUGUUCUACAUGGUGUCGUUGACUUUGAUCACUUUCCUUGUUCCAUAUACUUCCGACAGAUUGUUGGGAGCAUCUUCUGUUGAUGUCACUGCUUCACCUUUCGUUAUUGCUAUCCAGAACGGAGGAAUCAAGGGCUUACCAUCAGUGAUGAAUGCUGUUAUCCUUAUCUCUGUCAUUUCAGUUGGUUCAUCUUCUGUUUAUGCCACCUCUAGAACAUUGACUGCCUUGGCUGAACAAGGUUUGGCUCCAAAGAUUUGUGGAUAUGUUGAUAGAGCAGGUAGACCUUUGGUGGCCAUCAUUAUUACCAACAUCUUUGGGUUGCUCAGUUUCAUUGCUGCCAGUGGUAAGCAAGCCGAAGUGUUCACCUGGCUCUUAUCUAUCUCAGCUAUGAGUUCCAUCUUCACCUGGUUAUCCAUCUGUCUUGCACAUAUCAGAUUCAGAAGAGCAUUGGCUUCCCAAGGUAGGACGACUGAUGAGUUGUCCUUCACCUCCCAAACUGGUGUUAUUGGUUCAUGGUUUGGAGUUGUUUUGAACACCCUUGUGAUUAUAGCCGAGUUCUGGUUGUCCCUUUUUCCUUUGGGCGAAUCACCCAACGCUGAGGGCUUCUUUCAGACUUAUCUUGGUUUUGUGAUCUUGAUUGUUUUCUAUGUGGGCCACAAGAUCUGGAGAAAGAACUGGAUUUUGUUUAUCAGGGCCAAGGAUAUUGACGUAGACUCGGGAAGAAGAGAAGCUGAUAUUGAAGCUUUGAAGGAAGAGUUGGCUGAAGAAAGAGCUAUUUUGAGAUCCAAGCCUUUUUACUACAGAGUGUACCACUUCUGGUGUUGAAAUUUCGCAGCCAUUAAAUUUUCAACUUAUAAAGGCAAUUGUAUUAUAGUGUACCAUAGACAAUAAAAGUACUUUCAAUG